CAAACCAUGAGGAACCUCUAGUCACUCAUUACCACCCUCUUCUCCAUUUCCUUUAUCCUCUCUCUCUCUCUCUCUCUCUUUCUGUUUCUCUGUUUAUCUGCAUUUUGUCAGUGCAUUUGCUCCAUUCUUAAUCAUCAUCAUCAUCAGCAUCAUCAAGACUAAGUGUACAGUAAUGGAGAUGAAUAACAGCAGCCAAAAUGCAAGCAGUUUACAAAGGAGUGGAUCAGGAUGGAGGAGCAAAAGCAUCAAGGACCCAACAAACAGGACCCACAUUGUGGCCAGUCUCAGUAGAAGUGGUUCUGCAUGGAGAAGCUGUAGCACUAAAGAUGUCUUCUCACGUUCAGUUCAUUAUCAACAAGAAGAAGAUGAUGAUGAACUAGCUCUCACUUGGGCUGCUCUUGAUAAACUCCCUACUUAUGACCGUGUCCGGACCGGAAUUCUCACCGGUGUCAACUCCCCGGUCACCGUCGAAAAUCUCGGUCAUCAAGAUAGGAAGAACUUGAUGGAUAGACUUCUUAGAGUUGCUCAGGAUGAUAAUGAGCAAUUCUUGUUGAAGCUCAAGGACCGUUUGGAUUGUGUUGGCAUUGAGAAUCCAACCAUUGAAGUCAGGUUUGAGAAUUUGGAUGUGAGAUCAGAGGUUUAUGUUGGUGAUAGAGGUGUUCCUACAGUGUUUAACUUCUUCAGAAAUAAGUUAGAGGAAUUGCUGCAUUUUUUGCAUGUUUUGCCAAGCGGAAAAAGACCGAUAACGAUCCUUAAUGAUAUCAGUGGAAUUAUUAAACCAAGAAGAAUGACAUUGCUUUUAGGACCUCCUGGUUCUGGUAAAACCACAUUGUUAUUGGCAUUAGCAGGGAAACUUGAUUCCAAUUUGAAGGUAUCUGGAAAAAUAAGUUACAAUGGACAUGGAAUGGAUGAGUUUGUACCACAGAGAACCUCUGCUUAUAUCAGCCAACAUGAUGUGCACAUUGGAGAAAUGACAGUCAGAGAAACACUGGCAUUUUCGGCGAAAUGUCAAGGCGUCGGAACUCGAUAUGAAAUGUUGACAGAAUUAUCAAGAAGAGAGAAAGCAGCAAAUAUUAAGCCAGACCCGGAUAUGGAUAUGUUUAUGAAGGCUACAUCACUAGAAGGGCAGGAAAGUGUAGUCACUGAAUAUAUCUUGAAGAUACUUGGAUUGGAUAUCUGUGCCGAUACGAUGAUUGGGGAUGCAAUGCUUAGAGGAAUCUCCGGAGGACAAAAGAAGCGAGUCACAACAGGUGAAAUGCUUGUCGGGCCAGCAAAAGCAUUGUUCAUGGAUGAAAUUUCAACUGGACUAGAUAGCUCCACAACAUUUCAGAUUGUGAAUUCUCUUAGACAAUCUAUUCAUAUACUUGAAGGCACAGCACUCAUUGCUCUUCUCCAACCAGCUCCUGAAACUUUCAAUCUCUUCGAUGAUAUUAUCCUCCUCUCUGAAGGGAUCAUCGUCUAUCAAGGUCCUCGCGAGCAAGCGAUAGCCUUUUUCGAGUAUAUGGGCUUCAAAUGCCCUGACAGAAAAGGCAUUGCUGAUUUCUUGCAAGAAGUUAUAUCAAGAAAAGAUCAACAACAGUAUUGGUUUCGUGAAAAAGAACCGUAUCGAUUCAUUUCAGCAAAGCAAUUUCGAGACGCAUUUUAUAAGUACUACAUCGGUCGAGCACUGAAAGACGAACUUCAGACUACGUUUGACCGGAGCAAGAAUCAUCCUGCUGCAUUAGCAACUUCAACAUACGGUGUCAGAAAGAUUAAACUGCUGAAAGCUUGCUUUGAGAGAGAGUUUUUACUGAUGAAGAGGAAUGCAUUUGUCUACAUUUACAAACUUUUUCAGCUAGUAUUAAUGGCAUCCAUUGCAAUGACGGUGUUCUUGAGAACUAACAUGCAUCAUGAUUCAGUUGAAGAUGGAGUAAUCUUCAUGGGAGCAUUAUUCAUGGGACUUCUGAUUCAUCUUUUCAAUGGAUUUUCAGAACUAGCAAUGAGCAUUGCAAAGCUUCCUGUUUUCUAUAAACAGAGAGAUCUUCUCUUUUAUCCUGCAUGGGCUUAUGCAUUGCCAACAUGGAUACUAAAAAUUCCAAUCUCAUUUCUUGAAAGUGCUAUCUAUGUUUCAAUGACUUACUAUGCCAUCGGUUUCGAUUCAUGCUCACCAAGGAUGAUCAAGCAAUUUCUGCUGUUUACAUUAGUAAGUCAAAUGGCUUCCGGGCUUUUUCGUGUCGUGGCCGCCUGUGGCAGAGAUAUGGUCCUCGCAAACACAUUCGGCGCUUUUCUUCAACUAAUAGUUAUAGUGCUCGGUGGCUUUGUCAUGUCACGCCAUAACAUCAAGAAAUGGUGGAUUUGGGGGUACUGGUCAUCACCAUUAAUGUAUGCUCAAAAUGCAAUUGCUGUCAAUGAGUUUCUAGGAAAGAGUUGGAAACAGGACAAUGAUACAAAAUCACUCGGAGUUCAAGUCUUGGAGUCUCGGGGAUUAUUUCCGCAUGCCAAGUGGUUUUGGAUCGGUGUCGGCGCAUUGCUCGCAUACAUUAUGAUUUUCAAUGUCAUCUUUACCGCUGCACUUACUUAUCUCAAACCACUUGGAAAUGGCAAAAGAGUGGUAUCAGAAGACAACUGCAUUAAUCUAGAUGAUAAUAUGCAACAAUCUUCGAAAGGAAGUGUAUUGGUUCAUCCGUCGAAAGGAGGAUGUACUGGUGAUGGCGAUACGAGAAAGAAGAGUGUGGUACUUCCCUUCACUCCAUUCUCAAUAGCCUUCAGUGAUAUCAAGUACUCUGUCGACAUGCCCCCGGAAAUGAAAGCACAAGGUGUGAAAGAAAACCGGUUGGUGCUUCUCAAUGGUGUCAAUGGAGCUUUCAGGCCAGGAGUUCUUACUGCAUUGAUGGGAGUAAGUGGAGCUGGAAAGACAACUCUAAUGGAUGUCUUGGCAGGAAGAAAAACCAAUGGCCUAAUCGAAGGCGAUAUCUUUAUAUCAGGCUAUCCGAAAAAACAAGAAACAUUCGCUCGCAUUUCAGGAUACUGUGAACAAACAGACAUUCACUCACCACACAUGACAGUAUACGAAUCACUCGUUUAUUCUGCAUGGCUUCGAUUGCCUCCCGAAGUGAAUUCGGGUCACAAGAAAGGUAUGUUCAUUGAGGAAGUUAUGGAAGUGGUUGAAUUGACUCAAUUGAAGAAAGUAUUGGUUGGUUUGCCUGGUUUGAGUGGACUUUCAACUGAGCAGAGAAAGAGAUUGACAAUUGCUGUUGAACUUGUGGCUAAUCCUUCCAUUAUAUUCAUGGAUGAACCGACAUCGGGUUUAGAUGCUCGAGCAGCAGCCAUUGUUAUGAGGACGGUGCGAAACACAGUGAACACAGGAAGAACAGUUGUGUGCACAAUUCAUCAGCCAAGCAUCGAUAUAUUUGAAUCAUUCGAUGAAUUAUUUCUUAUGAAACGUGGCGGCGAAGAGAUUUAUGCCGGUCCAUUAGGACACAAUUCAUGUGAAUUAAUCAAGUACUUCGAGGGAGUAAAAGGAGUUGAUAAGAUAAAAGAUGGUUGUAAUCCUGCAACAUGGAUGCUCGAAGUCACCACACUGGCACAAGAAGAUAAACUAGGCGUAAAUUUCUCGGAGAUAUACAAGAAUUCCGAACUCUUUCGGCGAACCAAAGCUCUAAUUAGUGAACUUAGUGAACCUCCACCGGCAUCGAAAGAUAUUUACUUCUCGACGAAAUACUCUCAACCUUUCCACAUCCAGUUCAUUGCUUGUUUCUGGAAACAAUUCAAAUCAUACUGGCGAAAUCCAUCGUAUAGCGCCAUUCGAGUUUUCUUCACUGCAGUUAUAGGCCUCAUGUUCGGAACAAUCUUCUACAAACUAGGCUCCAAAAGAAAAACACAACAGGAUUUAUUCAAUGCAAUGGGCUCAAUGUAUUCAGCUGUUUUGUUCAUUGGAAUCCAAAACUCUCAAAUGGUACAACCAAUUGUCGACAUUGAAAGAACAGUGUUUUACAGAGAGAAAGCUGCAGGAAUGUACUCAGCUCUUCCUUUUGCAUUUGCUCAGGUUGCAAUUGAGAUACCAUACACAAUGUUCCAAACUCUAUUGUAUGGCAUUCUAGUUUACAGCUUAAUAAAUCUAGAAUGGACAUUGGUGAAGUUCAUGUGGUAUUUGUUCUUCAUGUUCUUCACAUUUUUGUACUUCACAUACUACGGUAUGAUGGCGGUAUCGAUGACACCGAAUUCAGAUAUCGCCGCAAUUCUCUCCUCAGCAUUCUAUGCCAUAUGGAAUCUCUUCACAGGAUUUAUAAUUCCUCAUCCGAGAUUGCCAGUUUGGUGGAAAUGGUACUAUUGGGCAUCACCAGUUUCAUGGACUUUGUAUGGACUAUUUGGUUCACAAUUUGGAGAUAGAAAGGAUGAAAUGGAGAGUGGUGAAAGAGUGGAGGACUUUUUGAGAAGAUACUUUGGAUAUAAACAUGAGUUCUUGCCAUUUGUUGCUGUUGCUGUCAUUGGAUUUGCUCUUUUCUUUGCAUUUCUCUUUGCUUUUGCAAUCAAAAUGUUCAAUUUUCAAAGGAGAUGA